AUGUUAGCUCAUCAGGAUCCAACGAAUGUAAAACAACAUUCAGAUCAUGAUCUUACUGAAUUAUCAUGGCUAACAAAAUCAGACAUAUUCGAUCGUCCAACAUCAUCACGUUCAGCACGUUCAGUACCGACGGUGAGUAAAAAUUUACCAAUCUAUGUUACUGACAAGCAUCGCCAUCGUUCAUCGCCACCAAGUGUUAUUGAUUCAUCUGAUAGCGAACAUGAUAAUGAUUCAUCAUCGCUUAAUUCAUCAAGUGAACGCGUAAUAAUAACAACAACAACAGCAACAGCAACUGAUAUUGUUUCACCACCACAUUCAGCUCUAUGCUUUUGGAUAUUAUUUGCUAUUGAAGAUUGUAAAUCUCGUGCGUUAACAUUAAAUGAAAUAUGUGAUUGGAUUGAACAUCAUAUUGAACAAUCAACUACGCCAACAAUUCAUAAUUCAAAUUCUUCUCCGGAUGAACAAACAAUUCAGAGUGCGCGGUUAAAAAGUAAAAUACGUUAUCAUAUGACAAAACAAUUAUCAUUUUUUGUUAAAAUUAUUAAAAAUCCAAACAAUGGAAUUAAACUACGGUAUCCUUUAUGGACGACAGAUCGUUCAAAACGUUUACUUUUACUCGAUACAUUAUUAACAAUGACUACACGGCAACUAUCAUUGACAACACAAUAUACAAUUGCUCUGUUCGAACGUUUAUGUUUAGAACGACGGCAACAAUUAAUGUCGAAUACAAACGAUGAGAACAGUUGUCCAUUGAAGAAUCUCAAACGUGAUAAAACAAUUCAUCGUCGUGGUUCACCAGAGGAAACAAAUAAUAAAAGAAAAAAACAACGCUCUAAACAUGAUCUAUCAGGAACAUCUACAGCAACGCCCAGUGUUGAAGUGGUUGAUGCCGCCAUGACAUUACUUCUUUUACGACAACCAAAAUGA